CUGUCAUCUCCUGUGAUGUCAGCGGCAUAUGAACAAUGAUAGAAGCCCGCAGCAGCCCCAGUUAGCCGUCAUCUGUCCGCGUACACUUCUUAUCUUUCCUUCUUACCUGCAUAAGUUAGUCUUUCGAUUCGCAGAGUUUCUACAUCGUGGACACGAUGUUUUUCUACGGGAGUUGCAGCUUGCUCCUGGCACUGGUGACUUUUCACGGCGCCACUCGCUCGGAAAUGGUGUUCAGUUGUCCGAGCUGCACUGCGGAGCUCCAGGCGGGUUGCCCGAUUCUCACGGAGAUGUGUGCUGAGAUUGUUCGCGAGCCGGGCUGCGGCUGCUGUCCAGUGUGUGCCCGGCAAGAGGGCGAGCUGUGCGGCGUUUACACACCGAGAUGCUCCAGUGGUCUGCGGUGUUAUCCCAAGCCGGAUUCGGAGCUGCCCCUGGAGCAGCUGGUUCAAGGUUUCGGGAGAUGUGGACGUAAAGUGGAUACUGAGCCCACAGGAAGCGCAGAGCCUCGGGAAGUCAGCGGUGAGGUGCAGGACUCUUUGGACAUUGGUCUGACUAAGGUUCCUCCCAUAAGGAAGCCCACCAAAGACAAUCUAUGGAAGGAGAGUGCUGUCCAUCAACACCGUCAGCAGCUGAAGACCAAGAUGAAGUACAAUAAAGUUGAGGAUCCUAAAGCGCCGUAUGCCAAACAGAGCCAGUGUCAGCAGGAGCUUGACCAGGCGCUGGAAAGGAUUGUAAAAAUACCCUUCAGAGAUAACAGGGGCCCCCUGGAGGACCUUUAUUCCCUGCACAUACCCAACUGUGACAAGAGGGGGCAGUACAACCUAAAACAGUGUAAGAUGUCAGUGAAUGGACAUCGUGGUGAAUGCUGGUGUGUGAAUCCACACACAGGAAGACCCAUCCUCAACUCUCCACUGAUAAGGGGUGAUCCCAACUGCAGCCAGUACCUUGAUGCCCUAGAGAUGGAUCCCUCUGUGGAGCCUGAAAACUAAUGAUGUCCUGAACCUUCUCAUCCCUCCCCAUCUUGACCUUCAAGCCUACAAUCUCACACCCAUGCCCCUAAAGGAGUCAGUGUUUUACACUCUCUAAACAAGCUACCUAUACAACUUGUGUGUUUAUACAUGUUUGCGCUUCUAGGUUUGAGAUGGUUUGAAACAGUAUUGUUACAGUAAAAGUACUGAUAUAACUGAGCUUAUAGUACUCAUUAAAUCCAAGCUAAGUGAUGACAUAUGACCAGAGGACUGAUAUUAGCAGGCUUGUACUACUACUUUUCUGUAGGAAAAUGUCUAGAAUUGUAAACUUAUCUUUAAUACUUUCACAUGUAUCUAGUGCUAAUCAUGAUAUAUACAUUGUAUUUCUCUCAUGAUGUUACUGGUGCUAUUUGUUUCAAUACACUUCUUUUAUAGGUUGCCCCCUCUCAUAUUGUGCAGGAAAUUAUAUGGUAAUGGUUUUUAUUGGAUAGGACAGUGUUCCUAACACUCAGUGUGACAAACACUGAAGCACUACACUGUAAGUCGAUGAGCUAGUGCCUUAUACCUUGAAUGAUUUACAGAAAUAAAUUAUAUUGGACUGCUUAUGAGGUC